GCAAUAUGCCUAUCAGCAACCGCCCCCUCCACAGCAGCAAUACAGCAACUAUGGCAAUCCGACACCUCAACCCAACUAUAAUACACGCCCUGGCAUGCCUCCCCCAGGUCCUCCUCCGAACAGCUAUAACCAGGGUCGCCCCAACGGUCCCCAGGCUCCUCCAGCUGGCCCGCAGAGCUUCGGCCACGGCGCGCCGAACAACUAUGCAUUUCGAUACUCCAACUGUACCGGCCGCAGAAAAGCUCUGCUUAUUGGUAUAAACUACUUUGGCCAGCGUGGCCAGCUGCGCGGAUGUAUCAACGAUGUCAGAAACAUGACUGCUUAUCUGGUGGAACAUUUUGGUUAUAAAAGAGAAGAUAUGGUCAUCUUGACCGAUGAUCAACAAAAUCCCAUGAGUCAGCCCACAAAGCAAAACAUUCUUCGUGCCAUGCAUUGGCUGGUCAAGGAUGCUAGACCCAACGACUCGCUCUUCUUCCACUACUCUGGCCACGGUGGACAGACAAAGGAUCUGGACGGCGACGAGGCUGACGGAUAUGACGAAGUCAUUUACCCCGUCGACUUUAGACAACACGGGCACAUCACAGACGAUGAGAUGCACCGAAUCAUGGUCCACCCCCUGCAGGCAGGUGUAAGGCUGACCGCUAUCUUUGAUUCAUGUCAUUCUGGUACUGCACUGGACUUGCCCUACAUCUACUCUACACAAGGUAUCCUCAAAGAACCCAACUUGGCCAAGGAAGCUGGACAGGGUUUGCUCGGAGUCAUCUCCUCAUACAGCCAAGGAGAUAUGGGUGGUGUUGCCAACAACAUCAUCGGAUUUUUCAAGAAGGCGACCACUGGCGACGACGCCCACAACAGGACCCUUGCCACCAAGACAUCUCCUGCAGAUGUCAUUAUGUGGUCUGGAAGCAAAGAUGACCAAACAUCUGCCGACGCUACUAUCGCCUCACAAGCCACCGGCGCCAUGUCCUGGGCGUUUGUUACAGCUCUCAAAAAGAACCCUCAACAAAGCUACGUUCAGCUGCUCAACAGCAUCCGAGACGAACUGGCUACGAAAUAUACACAAAAGCCUCAGCUUUCGUGUAGCCACCCUCUUAAUACAAAUCUCCUAUUUGUCAUGUGAAGGAUUCCUUUACGUCCUCAUAAACGGAAACAAGAAAAUUGGCUUGAAUGGGUUUAUUCGCGGGCUACAAUCGCUUUUGUAUAUGAAAUAAUUUUUUUUUUUCUAUUUCUCUUUUCUUUUCUUGAAUGUGGUCACGCGUGAUAUAUCCCUCGGAAUAAACUAAGCUGGGCGGUUCAUCGGACUUGGGACUUGAAAUAUCGAAUUGGUCUCUCUUUCUUGGAGUUUAUUGAGCUUUUGUUUUAUCUGCUUUGUUCCUUCCCCUUUGGUCCUUUUCGUUUCUCCUUCACGUUUCUCUCACGGUCAUCAUUCUUGGAAACUUGAGCAUGAUGUUCGGAAAGCAUCACUUGGGCUAGCACACGAGAUAGCAUUCUUUAACUCCCUCCCUUUCUUACACCG